GCUUGCACCCUGUACCACAGGAAAAAGCAGCUGGGGCAGCUCUGUCGCUCGCAUAACCACCCACUUUGUCUCUCUCUCUCUCUCUGCUUCCUUUCUUCCCUCCACUCAAGCCUUCAGUCUUAUUGGCCCACUCACUUCCUGAAGGUUCCAAAGCAUAUGUGUAAUAGGAAAUGAGGUAAUCAGCGUGUGUGUGUGUGUGUGUGUGUGUGGGGAGGGGGGUCCCCCUAACUCAUUCAAUCUCACUUGGACUUGCUUCAAUUCUCUCUCUACCAGCUUUCCCAGACAGGUAGAGGUGACUCCACUGCAGAUGAGGGAACAUGUUGGCUAUGGACCAAGGAGUGGUGGAGGAAUGGCUGUCAGAAUUUAAGACCCUCCCUGACAGUGCUGUGUCCAGCUAUGCCGCCUCACUAAAAGACAAAGGUGCCCUGGUCCCCGCACUCUACAAGGUCAUCCGGGAGAACUACAGCGAUUUGCUCGAGCCAGUGUGUCACCAGUUGUUUGAGUUUUACCGGAGUGGUGAGCUGCAGCUGCAGCGUUUCACGCUACAGUUCCUGCCAGAGCUCCUGUGGAGCCUCUUGUCCGUCAGCGCAGCCAGAGACCCCCACACCUCCGGCUGUAUCGAGGCCCUGCUGCUGGGCAUUUACAACCUGGAAAUAGUUGAUAAAGAUGGACAAAGUAAAAUAUUAUCUUUUACCGUCCCUUCCCUCUCCAAACCCUCAGUGUACCAUGAGCCUUCAGCCAUCGGCUCCAUUGCCCUUACAGAAGGGGCUCUAGCCAAUCACGGGCUGAGCAGGGUGGUGUACAGUGGGCCGCACCUCCAGAGAGAGACCUUUACGGCACAGAACAGAUUUGAGGUGCUGACCUUCCUGCUGCUGUGCUACAAUGCUGCUCUCAGCUACAUGACUGCCACCUCCCUCCAGUCUCUCUGUCAGCUCAGCUCCAGGGUGUGUAUAUGCGGUUACCCACGGCAACAGAUGCGGCGCUACAAAGGCAUUAGCACACGGCUGACAGUCACGUCAGAGUUCUUGGUUCAGCUCAUCACAGGGAUACACUACGCCUUGUGUAAUGGGGAGGUUGAAUUGGGAUCCAAAGCACUGGAUGACGUUCUGUAUCGGGCCCAGCUAGAGUUGUUCCCUGAAGCUCUGUUGGUGGGUAAUGCCAUCAAGUCGUCAUUGCACGGCGCAGCACUGAAGAGCAAUAUCAAGGAGGGUGCACGGAGUAUCCAGGUGGAAAUCACACCCACCUCUUCCAGGAUCUCCCGAAAUGCUGUCACCUCCCUCUCUAUCAGAGGACACCGCUGGAAGAGACACGACGCAGUGGAUCUGGGUUCCCCGGAAGAGCUGAUGGAUAUUUCUGAGGUGGAUGAAGGGGUGUGGCCAGGCGGGGUGGGGCCUGACAUGACCCCACCCACCAUCACUAUCAGCAACAGCGUCACCACGUUGAACCUGGGGGCCAAGGCCAUGAAGAAGUGUCGGCUCGGCGGGCGCACCAGCAAGGACAAGGACAAGGACAAGGAGGCGGGCCCUCUAACAACGGGCCGGGCCGCCAGUGAGAACACAGAGCUUUCUGUAAAGCGACUGACGCUCACUUCCAGCCAGUCAGUGCCCAAGGCAGGAGCUCUAACCAGCCUGACUCGCACAGCCAGCGCCGUCUUCUCCCGCUCCUUCGAGCAGGUGGCCAGCGGUCAUGCCCCUCCCUCCAGCAACCACACCGCCUCUGAAGCUGGCCGCUAUUCAUGCAGCCUGCAGGAGGAAGGGCUGGGGUACUUGAGUCCGGUGCCAAACCACACGCAGCGCUCUCCCAGCAUCAGCGUGCACCUUGGCUCUGACCUUUGAACCCUUUGUGACUCCUGACUACCUGAACCCUCACUUCUGAUCCUGUGACCCUGUACCUGUGACCUGGAACUCCAAGCCAUGCCAACUGCAACGGACCACAAACACAUGAACAAACACUCCUGCUGGUUCCCUCGUCACUCUGUUUUAACGUCUUUGGUUCUCUGUGCUGUAAAACAGCUUGCUGACCUCCUCCAUUCAGACAUCCAGAGCUACGUCAGCUCCCUCUGCUCCUUUCCCCUUGCAGAGUCUCCUCUGGGCCUGAUGGAGGUGGGAUGUCAGGGAUACCACUUCCAGCUUCACUGAUUUUUAGUAGUGCACUGUUGCCGUGAAGUCGUGCCAGGACAAAACUAUAAAUGGGUCCACUUAAAACUCAUUACUAAAAAAACUGUGUGGAAAAGUAUUUGGAAAGUAUUUUAAUUGGCAUUUGUUGCCCUGCAUGGCUUUUCCAUACAUCCAUCCUGACCUUGCCCAGGUUUGUCAGAGGGCAGAUGUUGAGUAUGUGUGAGCAUGCUUGAGUGUGUGUACUGUAUGUGUGUAUGUGCAAUUGGUUUUAGAAUAAAGGCUGCUGAUUGAUACAAUGAACAAUGUAUAAUUCUCCAAGUUGAAACAAGUGUUUCUACUACUUUUUUAAAAAUAAUAGGUCCCUUCCCAUAGCAAUACAAAUCCUUUUCAGUGUUUUCUAUCUUUUGGGAAGAUUCCCCAAACUCCCUCUGUUCACACUAGUUACAGCUGUGCUUCUUGAAAGAAAAUCUGCAUUCUUCCCUUAAAACAUCAGAAAAAACGACCACUAAAUAAUCAACCAGUAUAAUAAGAAUCGGUUCUUUAUGUUUACAAUUGCACAGUAUUGUCAUCGUGAUGGAGAAGCAAUAUUUGUGUCCUUCCCUCUCGCUCCUCUAGCACUUUCCUGAAUUGCUGUGUAUUUGAUGGCAAAAAUAAAAAUCCAACUUCUGACAAAUGACAAGGAUGAUUUUGGUUCUGGGGACGAUGGGUGUGUAUGAUUUGUUAAGUAUUGAAUUUUGCACUUGAAAGAGCAAACAAGUUGUGUUUUCAACUUUGGUAUUUUCUUAUAAUGAACAAGAGAGGUUUGACUCUCAACUGUGGUAUUGUCCUGUGAGAGAGAGAGAGAAAGAGAGAUGCCUUGUUGCUCCGUACAGAUUUCUACGCCUCUUGCAUCUAGCCGUUGAUCCAAAAAAGUUUAAAACCACACAGACUUGAAGUCCGCCUACUUGCACAGAGGUAAAAGAAUCUGGUACCUCUGAGUAAAGAUGUUAAAGCUCGACUAAAACUGUAACUGAACCUAUUCCUGUGUGUUCUGCAGUGGGAGGGCGUGCAGGGGCAGCAAGGCAUCUUUCCUCUCUUCUGAUCCACCCACCACUCCAGCUGUAGUACUUUGGUGAUGUGUUUCCUGUGUCCCUCCUUGUUGUUCACAUCAUCACGUCAGAAGGCAUGGUGAUAUUCUCUUGUACCAAAAGAGGAAUUAAACUCCACCCAUCUGCUACAUUUGAUGUCCUAAAUCAAGCGUUCAUGCUGCCCCACCCUCAAGCAAAAGUGUGUUCUGUUGUCUGUGUACUAGAGCUGUCUAGUGUCCAUUGCUUGGUGGGACAAUAACAAUCAUCGUGUUUCUGUAUGUGGGUUUACAGAAUGAGAAUGGGUAAGCUCUUGUUGUACAUCAUACUGUUGUACUAAAGUUGGUUUAUAUUGGCCUUUCUAUGUCUGAAGAAAACUCACUGCUACAACUUCUGGGAAUAAAGUGUUUCUAUAUUUCA